AUGGCACAGAACCUCUUCACCCAGUCUCUGCGAUCUUUUUGGCAUACUAUGACCUCGUAUGACCGUCAUGCCUCUUUCGAUUCGCCAUACCGGACUGGCCGUCACGUCCCCUUACCACAGAGCCGACACGCUCCCCUCACAUCAGUCGCGACCACUGCCUUUGAAUCGAGACAAGAUCUCUCCUACGGUCAGGAUGAUCCCCAGACGAGUAAUGGCUUCAUGAACUCCCCCAGUGAGGUCGCCGCUCCCAAUUCGCCAUACGUUCCUGGCCAGCGAUCGACUUUAUCAAGACAGAACACCGGGACCCUGCCCGGGAAAGAUGACGAGUCCAGAUUAGCUGCCGGUGAGAUUCCCAUGCAAAGCUUCUCAGACGGCUUGCCACCACCUCCGCCUGUUUCACAUUCCUGGAAGCGUAUCGAUCGCUGGGCAGAAGAUCAUUACGAGGAACUCUUCGAACAGCUUUGUGAAGGCUGUACCAAACCCGAUGUAGACGAGCUAGAGCACGAGUUAGACUGCACACUACCACUGGACGUGCAAGACUCUUUAAGGAUACAUGACGGCCAAGAGCGAGGAGGAAGACCAACUGGCAUAGUUUUUGGCCUAAUGCUACUUGACUGCGAAGAGAUUGUCGAAGAGUGGUCAAACUGGAGGAAGGUCCGCGAUGAUCAUUUGGCCCAAAGAUCCGACUUUCGUGCCCCUCAACCCCCAAGCAAAGCGUUUGCUGGAGCCAGUUCGUCUGCUGCUCCUCCCCCUCCUGCACCCGCAACCAACACACUUUGGCGACAGGAACUUCAAGAGAAGCAGGACUCGCAGCCUGCUGGUGCUAUCCAGAAGACAUACUCUCACCCAGCAUGGAUCCCGCUCGCUCGCGAUUGGGGUGGUAACUGCUUAGCUGUCGAUCUUGCUCCGGGACCAGCUGGCAAGUGGGGUCAGGUAAUCAUUUUUGGUCGUGAUUAUGACUGCAAGUACGUUGUCGCCCGGUCUUGGGCUCAUUUUCUUGCCCUUCUGGCCGAUGAUCUUGGCUCCGAGAACGUGCACAUCGACGAGGAAACCAUGGAACUCAAGCUGCUCGAGUUCAAGAAGCAGAAUGUUGAGCCGCCAUACCUCGAGAUCUUGCGCUGGCGCGCUGACCAGAAGUACGGACGCAAGCCACCGCGAAGACGCCCUGGGCCUCCAAAUGGCGGCUUGCAUAUCAACCCGAACCUCGCUGGAACCAGCAGUCCUCGUGGCUCGGACUCUGGAAGCCCAUAUGCAAGCCCAGUCAGUGGUGUGGAGGAACGCGGAAGGAGCUCAAACAGACCGCACAAGGGCGCGACCGCGAGUCCACGAACCAAGAUGUCAAGUCCUCUAGCUAGAGUCGCGGAAGAAGCGCCUCUACCAAUUCGCGUGAACACGGACGUCAACGGCAUUCGAAAGCCUAUUGCGGAAGAGAAGCUUGUUUCGGUUGACACUCCUCGGACCAGUGGAGAUAUACCUAGUCCACGCAAGCUGACCAUGAACGGCCACGACAAGGAGAAUGCUGACGUUAAACAAGUGGUUGAGAACAAGAUCGAGCCAUCGGACGACUCGGAGCUCAAGACAAUCGAGAUAUAG